CUGCUCUGCUCUGCUCUGCUCUGCUCUGCUUCUCUGGCUGGAGCAGUCUUCUGUUUUUAAUUCCCGGCCAUCGCAUUCUUCGUGAUCUUCUCCCCUCCCCAUCUCGUCAUGCAUUCUCACUCAUCAAGGCCCAGUCUGGCCUAGGUCUUCUCUUCCGAUCUGGACUGCCUUAUGUCUUCUUCUCGUCUGUAUCCUAUAUCCUAUAUCCUGCAUGUACAUACCAUCUCUCUUCCUCGCGCAUUCUUCGGCUGCUGCCGUUGCUACCACGGUCUCGGAUCGCCCUGCUAUAUAUCGAACCUAUAUAUCGGCACUAAGCCGUCGAGACCUCUCUUCAACCCUUCCCUCAUCUCCUCAACCUUCCGUCUAUCUGUCAAAUGCUAAUACCCUUCGCUACUGUUCAAGAAAUGAAGCCGUCUCAACGCCUUACCUACACCCUCAUACAGAACCAUGACUUAUCAGCUCGUCAACGAUCAAAGUCAUGCAAGGCCAAGACACUCUACUUUCGAUGCAUGCACACAGAUCAUACCCUCAUCUACUGACCUUAUAGCUUGCUUGUUUGGUCAUUCACAUACAAGCCUUUCUCUCAUCAGUCAGGUGCUGCAUUCUGCUGCAGAUGACUAUCUGACUCUACGUCUAUCAGACUUUGAGAGAAGGGGUCUUCAUUACAAAUCAGUCAAUGUGUAUUCAGUAUUAUUCAAUAUGUAUUCCAUAAGAGGCAAUUACAUCAUGAC